AUGCAGACUCGCUCCGCGUCACGGGCGGCAGCAGCUGCUGCCGGUGUGCCCGCGGAAGAAGCAGGCGCGACAGAAAGUCCUCGGAAACAAGGAAGACAGGUCCGUGGAAGGACAACCUCUAGGAAGGAAGGAGAGACUGCGCGCCAACAUGAAGACUCCCGAGCAGAUGCGAACACUGGCGAUGCCGGCUGGUUCUCGAACAAUGUCCAGAGCAGCUCCACGGUGAACAGCGGCGCUAGACAAACUCGCAGAAGGGGGGGGAAAAACCACCCUCUUUCGUCGGCGAGUGCCGAUGCGCUGGUGGACGAAGAAGGGCCUGCAAAGAACGCCAAGACGAACCAAAAGAACGCUUUUUCUUUUGUUUGCAUCGUUUUUCUUGUUUUUCUUGCGUGUUUGUCGGUUCCCCUUUUGUGCUGCUUCGGACCGGAACCCUUCUCAGCGUUCCCUGCUCUCUCGAAAGCGGUCGAGAAGUUGCCGGCGAGUUUUUCGUCGCUUUUCCCUCGCCUUUCUGAAAACUCAGCGUCGUCUGGGGUCGUUGACUCGCAAGACGUGACGGCCCACGUGAAGGAUACCCAAAUUUCCGGGGAACAAACGCCUACCACUCCGAACCCAAGUUCUGGGGGGAAACCCGAGCGAAACGACUCGAAACGGAACACACCGUCCCGCUCUUCAAAACCCUCAAAGAAAAUGGCGCCUCUCGCGGCUCUCCAGCACGAGGUUCUUAAACCUGGUUCCGGUCCUGCUCUUCAACGGGGUCAGUCGGCCACUGUACACGCGACAGGCAGCGUACUCAAGCCGGAUGGCUCUACACAGAAAUUCUGGUCUACCAAAGACGCUGGCCAGCAGCCGUUCACGUGGCAAGCUGGUAUUGGCCAGGUCAUUGCCGGCUGGGACCAGGGUGUCCUUGGCAUGACCGUCGGCGAGACUCGACGCAUUUCCAUCCCUGCAAACAUGGGCUACGGCGCGAGCGGCUUCCCUGCAUGGGGUAUUCCUCCGAAUGCAGACCUUCAGUUCGAGAUCGAAUUGCUGCGUGUGCAGUAA